AGAAAACUUAUCUGAUCGAUUUAGCUAAAGAACAUGGCGGAGAACAUGGACUCGCCGACGGUGGCAGAAGAAAAUCCUGACCCUGUUACAAAUGGAGAAAAAACUGCUGGCAGUGAAGCAAUAACUGAAACAGAUCCUACCAGUAAUUUAGACGAAGAACAGCCUUCAACCAGUCAGCAAGGAGCCACAGGUGGAGCGGACGAUGGAGGAAAGGACAAGAAAAAGAAGAAAAAGAAGAAGAAGAAGGCAGAUGGGGCUUCAGGAGGGGCUGCGACGGGGGUAGACCAGAUUGAUUCCCGCGUUAGUCAGAAUCCUCAGCUAUCCAUGUCAAAGCUAAAAGCUGCCAUGGAGUUUUUUGUUCCACAGGGGCCUGCAAAGAAUAUGGACGAAGCCAAGAAAAAGACCUACAACUUCUGGGCAACACAACCUGUUCCAAAUUUGGAAGAGAAUGUUUCUAUGGAAGUAAAUGAAGCUGUAGAACCAGACAAGACCGAAAUCAGGAAAGAACCUUACUCGUUACCUAAUGGAUUUUCAUGGGAUACUCUUGAUAUACACAGUGAAGCAGAACUCAAAGAAUUGUACAACCUGUUGAAUGAAAAUUAUGUAGAAGAUGAUGACAAUAUGUUCCGUUUUGAUUACUCUGCAGAAUUUCUUCAGUGGGCCUUGACACCACCCGGGUGGUUAAGAGAUUGGCAUUGUACAGUACGGGUCAAUACAAACAAGAAGCUAGUAGGAUUCAUAAGUGCAGUACCAGCAAGGAUCAAAGUCAAUGGAAAAAUUGUCCGAAUGGUGGAGAUCAACUUUCUGUGUGUUCAUAAGAAGCUAAGAUCAAAGCGUGUGGCACCCGUACUCAUCAGGGAGAUCACGAGAAGAGUUCACCUUCAGGGUAUAUUCCAGGCCGUAUACACAGCUGGCGUUGUUCUUCCCAAGCCUAUCUCAACAUGCAGAUACUGGCACAGAUCACUCAACCCUAAGAAGCUAGUAGAGGUUAAAUUCUCUCAUAUAGGUCGGAACAUGACGCUGCAGAGGACAAUUAAACUUUACAAACUUCCAGAGGAAACUAAAACACCAGGGCUCCGUCCUAUCCAGCCAAAGGACAUGAAGAAAUGUCAUAAACUACUCUCAGAUUAUCUCAACAAGUUCAAACUUGCACCAGUCUUUGAUCUUGAAGAAUUCAAGCAUUGGUUCACCCCUCGGCCAAACAUCGUCAGUGCGUACGUGGCGGAAGUGGACGGUGAAUUGACGGACAUGAUCAGUUUCUAUACGCUGCCUUCUUCCAUCAUGCACCACCCCGUUCACAAGCAGCUCAAAGCAGCCUACUCCUUCUACAAUGUCACCACCAAGUCAUCGUGGGAGACGCUCAUGCUCGAUGCUCUCACCCUAGCAAAGCAGGAUGACUUUGAUGUGUUCAAUGCUCUGGAUCUAAUGGACAACAAGCAGUUCUUAGAAAAGCUCAAGUUUGGUAUCGGCGACGGCAACCUUCAAUAUUACAUUUAUAAUUGGAAAUGUCCUACCAUGUCACCUCAUGAAAUUGGCCUUGUUUUACAAUAGUUGGAUGCCGAUCGGAUUGAUGAUCCUAUUAGACUAUAGUUAAAUCUCUAGGAUGUAGCCCAAGCCUUGAUAUAUUCCACCUCUUGUCCAACCGAAUUGGCUUCUUACCGUCGUUUCACUAAGAUAUAGAGCAGAGAUGCAGUGACCUGGGUCCCCUUCUCACAAAGAGUUAUGAUUGAUCCGAUCCAUGACAACUAUGGACGGCCAGCAAUGUCAACA